CCCUCCGCUCCAGUGAGGACCUGAUCUUGAGCUCCAGGGGCGGUGGGAGCAGCCGCAGGAGGGGUGUGUGUGCGUGUGUGUGUGUGUGUGCGUGUGUGUGUGCGUGUGUGUGUAUCUGUGUGUGUGUGGUUUUUGUGUGUGUGUGUCUGUCUGAGAGCAGGGGGGCGGAGCCUGAGAGGAAAGGCGCGGGCGGGGCGGAGCCGAGGCAAGAGAGAGGGCGGAGCGACAGGGGUUUAGUUGCCGCCUGAGGGGCUUCGAGACUCAGUGUCUGCGCGUUAGCCGUCGGGAGCGGAGGCAUGGUGAGUGCGGCUACUCCCCCUCCUGCCCCUCAAUACCCUCUGGAUCCCACUCCGUGGCCCGGCCGGGCCGUGGUCUUGUCUUUCCCUUGGCCCUGGUGGGGAACUCUCUUCUGGCCUCCUUUUCCCUUCCUGCCCCCGGUGCCCCCACCGCCCCCACCUCCACCACCACCGCUGCCGCCGCCGCCGCCUCAGCCCCGGUGGGGCCUGCUCCCCCUGCGCCCGGCCCGGAGCCUCGGCGUCCCCACUGUGGCCUGGCCCCCCGAGCGCGGGGACCCCGUUGCUUGGUCAACCCCCUGGUCUGUGGCCGGGCCCUUCCCUGCCCGGCCUGCCGGCCGCCCAGUGGCCACCCGGCCCCCAGCCCGGCCCAUCGCCCGGCCCGCCUCCUCCCGACCCGCUGCUCCCUCCCUUCCCCCUGACGGGAUCUGGUCGGCCUACUUUCCCCCACCCCAGGCCAGGCCAGUACCAUCAAGAAGCCAAACCUGGGCUCCGCCCCCCCAAGAAAGAAGAUGGGACCCAAACCCGAACUCACAGAGGACCAGAAACAAGAAAUUAGAGAGGCAUUUGAUCUCUUUGAUACAGAUGGAACCGGGACAAUAGAUGUUAAGGAGCUCAAGGUGGCCAUGAGAGCUCUGGGCUUCGAACCCAAGAAAGAAGAGAUCAAAAAAAUGAUAUCUGACAUUGACAAGGAGGGGACGGGAAAAAUCAGUUUCAAUGAUUUCUUGGCUGUGAUGACUCAAAAAAUGGCUGAAAAGGAUACCAAAGAAGAAAUUCUGAAGGCUUUCAGACUCUUCGAUGAUGAUGAAACCGGAAAAAUCUCCUUCAAGAACUUAAAACGUGUGGCCAGAGAGCUAGGGGAAAACCUCACUGAUGAGGAACUGCAGGAAAUGAUUGACGAAGCUGAUCGAGAUGGAGAUGGAGAAGUCAGUGAACAGGAGUUCCUGCGGAUCAUGAAAAAGACCAGUCUCUAUUGAGGUCAAUCUCUUCCCCUUUUGCAGGCACAUACAAAUAGAUUUUCUGGUUAUGAAGGUUCCUUGUUUUCAUUUUUUGAGGCAUCACUACAGUACAUAGAGGCUGAUUUUCCCCUUCCACUAAUUUAUCUAGAAAAUUACAUUGGCAAAUACUUGACUCAGUUGUAUGUUUUCUAAAGAAUUCUAAAAACAGUUCUAGAUAAAAUGCCUUGUCAAUGAAUUUUGCAAUUUGAAACCUACUAGGCUUAAGGUUGGGGGCCUGGAACUCCUCUCCCCCCACCCUUUUGCCUGAUAUCUCUUCUUUCUUUCAUUAAUAUUACACCAAACCCCAGAGCAAAAUUCAAGUUUUACGGCCACCAAAGUGGGAACAAAGAAUAUCUCCUUUAAGGUGCUGGUUCCCUUAUCACCUUACUUCCAUCAUCUCUUCCCCCCUGCCAUGCUCAGGUGUAUGAUACAGCAGGACCAUGUGAUUGGCUUGUAGGCCACCAUUCCAGGCCAUUUUCCCCCUCCCUCUUCCAUUCACCCCUUUGAUUUUCAUUGACUUAGCUCUUUUAAGAAGAAACUAGAGUACCAACUUCUUUGUUGUGUCUGGAAGCACACUGACAUAUGUAUUGUCUUGUGGAGGGCUUAGAAUGUUCCAUAGUAUCAUCCUCUCCAGUCAUUGCUGGGGUAGCUGCAUCUAGCUCAUCCACUUUGAGUGUCAUCCUGGCAAAUGCUCUUUCCUUUUCCCAGGCCAGACCACCAAAUGAAAAAAGCUAAAUGUAAUGUUAGCCUAAGAAAAUCAUAAAUAGCAUAGGUUGGCUUAAUACUAAUGUUUAAAAAACACACACACAAAUAAGCAUUUCCUUAGUUCAUAAGCUUUAAGGGCUUAGUUGCUUUGAAAAUUGGGGUGGGUGGGGUGGGUCGUGUUUCAAGUAUUUAGCAAAGCUGUUUUCCCUUUUCCCUGCUUGGAUGGAAGGGAACUGGCUGUUGUUGUCUUCAUUAGAAAUCUAAUGUAACCGUGGCCAUUUUCUACUGAUUUUGUCACAAGUUCCUCUUUACUGGUUAGCUCUAAGAACCUUUGGUUCUUAUUAAUUAGUCCAUGACUUUCUCCUCUGAUGUAUGGACACUGACAACCAAGUGUCCCACAUGGGUAGUUUGACACACUGCUUUGUAACUCCCAGUGGUCUGUUCUGUGUUGAUGCUAUUUAUUUUCUUUGUUGUGAAUAAAGUCUUUCUUGUUUUAAA